UGUUUAACAAAAAAUUGUGGGUGACCGAAGAGGACCAGGAAUACUUGCAUCCAUCGGGUCCUCAUGAUCGGUACAAAUGUGUGAUAGAAGCCCAACAAAAUUCAACCAUCGCUUGUAUUGACUUGACUGAAACCCAACUCCAGCACUCCUUAAGGUUUCAAAAUCUGUAUGUAUCAAAGGAAAUCACGUUUAAGAAAUAUUUUGUGUUUUGGACGAAGAAGAACUGGGCGCUGAAGGACAAAAUUGAUAAAGUCCGUUCAAUACCGGUGGAAACAGGAUUAACUUACCAUCACGAUGAAGAGAUAACAAAAAACCUAUGGAAGAAAAUAGAGAAAAUGGAGAAAAUCAAAGAAGCUGAAAACUAUCAACGGAUCGACUUUGAUAACUUGGUGUUUUAUGUAAUUGUGUUUGCGGCUACCUUGCUGUGGAGCUUGGUCAUUUUUGGAAUUGAACUUCUUGUCUCCCACAUUCGCUCUAAAUAUCUAAGACGAGAAAAGGAGCGACGGAAGCUCAUUGAGAGAUUGAGAGCACAACCACGGAAUAUUUUAUCCCCGGGUUUAAUAGUUCCGUCAACUUCUCGCGUGUGAUUCUUAUAAAGAACAAGUCAACCAUUGAAUUAGUAGAUAAGUUUUGUUUUGCAAUAUUCUAACACCGGUUAUUGUGAUUGAUCUGUGAGUAUUUUUGUCUUUAGCGUGUGAUUUUAUCAAUUGAUGUUAUUAUUGAAGUGAUAAUUUAACUUAAAAUCAAUUACAUGCAUUCUCUUGAAUUGAUCUAAACUAGAGUUCUUAUCAGACAAUAUCACCAUCACUUCAAGAAACGUCAAUCUAUUAGAGCAGGCUCGUUAUAUUCCUAAAAUUAAUGACUCGUUAUAACAACUUAAUAACUUUUAUCAGUCAAUAACUAUUAAAUUAAUCCUUGAAGUAAAAACAGUUAGUGUGGCAAUACAAACUCUGCUGGCCAACAUGAAGACACUUGGACUCAUUUGGUUGAUUCAUUUUUUACCACUUUCUUCUUCAGAACGCAUUUCUCAGCAAAAAUGCAAGGAGUAUGCAAAAUUAGUCUAUGCCGACGAAGACGUUCCAGUUCUCCGGCUCGAUGCAGGAACAAACACUGUUUCCAAGUGUGGGAUCAUUGAGACACCUUUAAUCGUCGGAGGAACUAAAGCUAAGCCUAUGGAAUUUCCUCAUAUGGCAGUUAUUGGAUUCGGAAAGGAUGAAAUAUCUUGGCAAUGUGGUGGAACGUUAAUUUCGGAUAAUUUUGUGCUUACUGCGGCUCACUGUAUGGAUUCAAGGGACAAGGGUCCAGCGACGAAAGUUCAAGUCGGGCUAAUUAAUUUAAAGUCUCCGGGGCCAUUUAUGCAGGAAAGGAACGUCAAGGAAAGACUAACGCAUCCUGAUUACAAGGUUCCGUUGAGGUACAAUGAUAUUGCGUUGCUAAAAUUAGAGAAAUCUGUAGAGUUGACAGCGGAAGUUAGGCCGGCGUGCUUGGAGGUGGAGGAGAAGCUUUUAGAUAAGAUGUUUAUUGCUAGUGGAUUCGGAAAAACUGCUUAUGAAGCAGAGGCGGGGAGUGAAGAUUUGAUGAAAGUUACGCUGGAUAGGAUUCAAACGGAGGAAUGUAGGGAGAAGUUUAAGGGUGAAGUUGGGAGUAAGGCUAUGCCGGAUGGAUUGAGAGAUACGAUGAUUUGUGCUGGAGUUAUGGAAGGGGGAAAAGACACUUGUCAGGGUGAUAGUGGAGGACCAUUACAGCGCGUACUACGUGAACCUUACUGUACUUACAGUGUCUUGGGAAUAACAAGCUUCGGAAAAUUCUGCGCUUUUAAAAACUCACCUGCAAUUUACACAAAAGUAUCAUCAUACCUAGACUGGAUAGAGAAAACAGUGUGGCCUUGAUUAUUUAACAAAAAUUUAUUUACAAUUUUACAAUUAAUCGUAACAAGUAUCUAAUUAAAAUUUAAUUAGAAAAACAUAAAUUUAUUUAUAUAUAUAUUUAGAUAUAUCUAAAAAAAAUAAUAACAGAG